CCAGAUUCAGUAGAUUCGUAGCGCCAGUGGGGUGAAAAGCAAAAACAGGCCAGAGCCAGCGGAAGACUCAUCGCGUUAUUUACCUUGUAAUUCAAUUAACUGGAGGAAAAUGCUGAGGUACGCGGUAAUUGCCUGUGCUGUUUUUGUGGCCUUCGCGGGAGCUCUGGAGUUCAGCGAUUGCGGAUCGAAGACGGGCAAGUUCACCAGGGUAGCCAUCGAGGGAUGCGACACCACCAAGGCGGAGUGCAUCCUCAAGAGGAACACCACCGUCAGCUUUUCCAUCGAUUUCGCCCUCGCAGAGGAGGCUUCGGCGGUCAAGACGGUGGUCCACGGAAAGGUCCUCGGAAUCGAGAUGCCCUUCCCACUGGCAAAUCCCGAUGCCUGCGUAAAUAGUGGGCUAAAGUGCCCGCUGGAGAAGGGCGAGUCCUACCGCUAUACCGCCACCCUGCCGGUCCUGAAAUCCUACCCCAAGGUCUCGGUCCUCGUCAAGUGGGAGCUGCAGGAUCAGGACGGCGCGGACAUCAUCUGCGUGGAGAUUCCCGCUAAAAUUCAGUAGGGUUCCCACCGCAAACCCACCCUCUAAUUUAACCUCGAAAUACUGAAAAGAGAGCACCAUGAGCGAUCCAUUUUCCCUCUCUUAUUGUAAUCUAAUUUAAAAUAAAGAAAUUUAAGCUUAAACAAAA